AUGGUGGCUGAUACACUGAGCCGUAGAGCUAUGACUGAUUUGAGGGCGAUGCUUGCUCACCUAAGCUUCUUUGAUAAUGGUAGCUUAUUAGUCGAGCUUCAGGUUAAGCUGACAUGGAUUGAGCAGAUUAAGGGUAAGCAGUUGGAAGAAGAGUUUUUAGGUCUUCAGUUUCGACAGAUUGAGAGUGGUAGCACUAUGGAUUUUGGAUUGAAUAGUAAUGGGGUACUCUAUUUCCGUAGGAGAAUCUGUGUUCUAAAUGAUACUGAUCUGAGACUAUCUAUAUUGAGAGAGGCGCAUAGUAGCCCAUAUGCUAUGCAUCCUGGCAGAAAUAAGAUGUACAGAGGCCUUCGUGAGUUGUAUUGUGGCCAGGGUUGA